ACAUGAAACCUACCAUUUCCAGUUUGGACUUCAUUAAACACGGACAGAUGCGAGUCGGCUUUGGCCAUGAAAGUCUUAACUUCACCAGCGUCUCCUGGACAGAGGACUGUGAGAAGGGUGUCUAAACCUGUGAUGGAGAAACGCAGACGGGAGCGGAUCAACCACAGUCUGGAGACACUGAGGCUUCUGAUGCUGGACCACACCCACAACGAGAAACUUAAGAAUCCGAAGGUGGAGAAGGCAGAGAUUCUGGAGAGUGUGGUCCACUUCCUAAAGACAGAGAAGGAUGUGGAGAAGGGUCACCACACCAUGAAGAGAGUCCUGUCCAGAGAGCAGAGACCGACCUGCGCCCGCCAGCAAAACUACCAGGAGGGCAUGACCUCCUGCCUGCUGAGGAUCAGCCACUUCAUAGCCAGCAAGAGCCAGGACCCGGAGGAGGGCGGCGGGCACGCUUCACUCCCCGAGCCCCAGACUCGCCCCUCCUCUCCCGGGCUCAUCCACCACAGGGCGCUGAUACCUGCCGGAGACUCAACUGCUCUGUCUCCUCAGCAUCUGCCCCAACAUCAGCGCCAGCGCGGGGUCUCUCACCCGUACCUUACCCAGAGGACCGAGCUGUGUGACACCAGGACGCUGCUGUCCUCCACAGCUGCCUGCACGAACAUCACUGAUCCUGUGUGGAGGCCCUGGCCGCAGUGACACACUUUAGAUAAGCCAACAGACUGUGUAAAUAUGUAUUUUAUUGUACAGCCUGGAUUCUUUUGUACAGUGAAUAUAUUUUCCAUGAAAACUCUCACAAAACCUAUUAUGUGGCGUUUUUACUUUUCUUGAUGAUUUAUUUCCAUAGUGUCACAUAAACGUGUUUUACACGUUCACAUAGGCCUAUUUUUUUACUUUUUACGUUUUCGGUGUAAAUAUGAGUCAAAGUGGGCGUGUCCACACGUGUACGUUUUAACACCAUUUUAUUGCAUUGGUGUUGCUGAGACUUGUAUGUAAAAUCAUUAUUUGUUUACUCUGUUAUUUUUCGAUAGGGAGUCUAUUUUUUUGCUCUGAUAAGUCACAGCAUGACACAAUGGAACAAAUUUUAUAAAUGUGUUUGCUGAUGUGGUGAAUUCAAUAAAAACGUCUACAAUUUCCCGAU